CAGUCCUUGAGCACAACUGUUGCGGCAGCAGCGGCGGCGGCGGCGGCAGUGGUGCUGACAUUGGGACAGCGGUGGCAGCACAGCGGUGGCAGCAAGAGCUGCGGGACUGGCAGAGGGCAAGGCACCAUGGCCCUUGCUCUGCGCCUCUUCCUCCUGCUCCUCCUGGCAGUGGCCCUGCCUGCCAGGGCUGCCCAGGCAGCUCCGUGGCCAGCGCGGGGAGCAGAUGAGUGGGCUGAGAAUGUUGAUCCAGCAGCUUGGGUGGAUGAGAGUUUCGAUCAUUUGACAUUUCCUGAAGGUUCUCCUAGUUGGGACUACCCAGACGUAGGAGACAAGAAAUCGCUGGAGGCAUCUGAACUUCUGGACAAGAUGCUGAGCGACCUGGAGAGACGCCGUGCGAUGAAGCAAAAGAAUGUGCAGAUGCUGGCAUAUCCUAGAGGAAGCAAAGGCUCUGUGCCAACCCCUGAUGAAGGAAAGGAGGAGAUGGCAGGAAAAGGCUCAGGAGCAGGAGAAGCGCUUGGCAAGUCAGAUACAGAUGUCAAGAAUCCAUCGACCACCCCAAGAGUUUUCUGCCCCCAGGACGUGCGCAAGUCCUGCAUGAUAGGCACAGUAGUGACACUGUUCACUGUGCCACUUUCCAUGGUCCUGUGCUAUGUGGGCUUCCAGUGGUGGAAGGGAAGGAAACAUCGCCGUGCUGCAGCUCCUGCAUCCCGGAGAAGAAGGCGUGACUCUCCCUCACCCCCAGAGAGCCCAAGGACCACCUGGUUUGACAGCUCUCAGACACGGCCUCAGCCGCAGAAGCCGCCCAGGAAAGCAGAGCACCAGCCCUCUGUGCCUCCCCCACGGCCCCCCAGCUCAGCCGUGAAGCAGAAGCCCCCCGAGAUCCCCCCACCUCCUCCCCUGCCCAGCCAGCCGCCCUGGUCCCGCUAGGACUGAAACUGGACCAGCCACUCAGGACAUGGGCCACCAACAGCUUGGGGCAUCUGCUCUUCUCUGCAAAUAACAUGUGUUACCUAUGGGUAACACCCAGAGGCAGUUUUCAUACUGUUGUAUCUCCGUCAGGAAGAGCUUGUUAUAGAUAAAAACGAGGUUUAAGCUGAAUUAAAUAUGAUUAAAAUAAGGGAUAUUUAUUUUGCG